AUGACUCUUUAUCUUUUGGAACAAUGGAAGGCUCAUGAUUAUCAGUUACAAGAUGCAUCAUCUUUUAUGCUUGCAUUAGAAAGUGAUCAUUUCUCAAAUCAAGACAAAGAACUUAUUGUAACCGCUUUUGAUGAUUGGGAUGCACUUACUCCUACCUGGUUUGAAGUUGCCAAUUAUUUAAAAAGUAUUGAAAAACUUGCUGAUGACAAAGAUUUUAGUGAAAGAAGACGCGCAGCGUUAUUAUCUUCAAAAGUUGCUUAUUGCUUAGGUGAUUAUGAUAUUGCUUUAGAAUUUGCUUUAAAAGCUGAAAAUACAUUUGUAUUGACUCCUCGCAAACCAUCGAUUCAAAAUGGUCCACAAGAUGAGCAAUAUAUAAAUAAAGUUGUUGAGCAAGCUCUUGAUACAUAUAAAAAUUUAAGGUCAAAGGGACAAAUUGUUAAGAAUGACUUAGAAAAUCUUGUAAAUAGAAUUUUUGAAACAAAUCUAAAGAAAAAAGAGUACAACUUUGUUAUUGGUUUAGCAUUGGAAACAAAAAGAUUAGAUAUGAUUGAAACUUCUGUAAAAAAUGCUGAAGAUAGACAAGGUGUUCUUUCUGAUACAGUUAGAAAAGUUGUUGAAGUUGAUAUUGAUGUUACAUUCAGAGGUCUUGUUCUUGAUCUUCUCUUUAAUAUGUUUUCAACAAUGGCUGAACCUGAUUUUAGUUCAAUGUGUCAAUGUCUCUUAAAACUUGAAAAACCUUCUGCAGUUGGAGAUAUUCUUACACGUCUUUGCAAGACUGAAGAUGGUACACUUCUUUCUUAUCAAAUUGGUUUUGAUUUAUAUGAAAAUGCUUCUCAACAAUUUAUUCAUUCAAUAGUUAAAGCAUUAACAGAAGAAACAUGCAAUAUCAAUGAAGAUGGAACUGUUGCUUGUACAAAAGUUUCAAUACCUGAAGAAAAAUUAACGAAAUUGUUGGCAAUUUUAAAAGGAACUGAAACAAUUAAACAUCAUAUGCAAUUUCUUAUUAAAAAUAAUCAUACUGAUAUGCUUAUUUUGAAACAUAUGAAAGAAUCAGUAAGAGCUUCAACAAUUCACAAUGCUGUUGUUAUGGCUAACGGUAUUAUGCAUCUCGGAACCACUUGUGAUGAUUUUCUUCGUGAUAAUUUAGAAUGGAUUUCAAAAGCAAUAAAUUGGAAUAAAUUUAAUGCAGUUGCUUCAUUGGGAUUAAUUCAUAAAGGACAUGAAGAACGUGCUAAAAAACUUCUUGAACCAUAUUUACCAAAAGGUGAAACUGAUCAGUUUGGAUUUAAAGAAGGUGGUUCUUUAUAUGCUUAUGGUUUGAUUCAUGCAAAUCAUGGUAAUCCUGAAGUUACCAAAUUUUUACUUGAUGAAUUGAAAAAUGGAAAAACUGCUCCUGUUCGUCAUGGUGCUGCUUUAGCCAUUGGAUUAGCUUGUUUAGCAUCACAUGAUAUGGAAGUUUAUGGAGCUCUCAGGGAUGUCCUUCUUUUUGAUGAUGCCGUAGCUGGAGAAGCUGCAGGCACAGCUAUGGGUUUAAUAAUGUGUGGAAGUCUUAAUAAAACUUGUUUUAAUGAAAUGGUACUUUAUGCUCAGGAGACACAACACGAUAAAAUCCAACGUGGAUUAAGGAAUGGUAUUGCACUUAUGGCUUAUGGAAGAGCGGAAGAGGCUGACCAAUGGAUUGAUGAAUUGUUAGAACAGAAAUCUAAUGCUAUUUUACGUCAAACUGGUGUUUGUGCAUUAGCUUUAGCAUAUGCUGGAACUUCAAAAGCAACUAUGGUCAGAAAAUUAUUGGCAAAAGUUGCCUCAGAUCCAAACCAAGAUGUUAAAAGAUUUGCUGUUAUCGCAAUUGGAUUUGUUUUAUGCAACGAUCCUGAACAAUGUAUCUCAUACACAAGUAUGUUGGUAGAGCAUUUCAAUGGUAAUGUUAGAUAUGGAGCUGCUGUCGCAUUAGGUAUUGCAUGUGCUGGAUCUGGAUAUAAAGAAGCCAUUGCUUUAUUAGAACCACUAACACAAGCUAAAGAAAAUUAUGUUAGACAAGGGGCUUUAAUUGCAUUGUCGUUUAUUUUAAUUCAACAAACAGAAGGAACAUGUUCAAAGGUUGUUGAUUAUCGUAAAAUGCUCACUAAAAUUAUACCAGAGAAAACUGAGGAUCCUAUAGCUAGAUUUGGAGCUAUUAUUGCUCAAGGCAUUUUGGAUGCUGGUGGCCGUAAUGUAACAAUUUCUUUAAAAAAUAAGAAUGGACAUCCGGAUAUGCAGAGUAUAGUUGGAACAUUUGUUUUCUUACAGCAUUGGUAUUGGCAUUCGUACGUUCACUUUUCAUCUCUUAUAUUCCGUCCAACAUGUUUGAUUGGCCUUAACAAAGAUCUUCAGAUGCCAAAGACAGAAUUCCGAUGUAAUGCGAAAAUGUCAACUUAUGCAUACCCGCCACCAACUACUGAAAAGAAAAAAGAUGAUUUAGAAAAAGUUGAAACAGCUAUUUUAUCUAUCACAUCAAAGAAAAAGCCUGGUGUAUGUCAACUUCUAAAAACAAUAAAGGCUGAGGAAAGUGGAAGUAAAAAUAUUGAAUCGGAAAAAAUGGAUACUGAAACAGGCACAAAAACUGAAGCCAGUAAUAGUAAAGAUUUAGAUGUUAAGGACAAUAAAGAAAGUGAUAAAAAAGAAAUUGAAUCUCCAACUCAUAACAUUCAAAAUCCUGGACGCGUAGUUCGUCUUCAAUUAAAAACAUUGACAAUCGGUGAUAAUACACGUUAUAAGCCUGUUAAGUCUAUUACUAACGGAGGAAUAAUCUUACUUAAGGAUCGUAAGCCAACUGAAAUUGAGGAAAUUGUACCACUUGUUGAAGCAGGCGGAGUUACUGAUACAUCGGACGGUGGAAAUUCUAAUGAAGAAGCCAAGCCACACUCAACAUUUGAAAUUGACUUAAACAAAUAUUAA